GAAUGUAUGGAAAAUGUAUUUGGUAAAUCUUAUAUUAUUGAGAGUGCCAUAAAUUAAGUAAAAAGGCAGUAAAUAAGCAAAACUAUUAACAGUUUCAUCAUAUAAUUUAGUGAACAAGUGAAUAUAAGAAAGUAUAUAUCACAUAAAAAUAAGGAAGUAUAUACCACAUAAUCAUGUCAGACACGAGAUGUCAGCUCAUGGCCGCUGUCCCUCAUGGCCUCCACAUGGCCGUCCAUGUUGGCCACAAUGUUGGGCUCGUGACGCUGACGCUCUACACCAACGUCGGCAACGUCGCUGACGUCAGAGCGCGCGUUGUGAGCACCCACCUGACGGCGGCCCUGCUGCGCCCCUCCAUGGUUGGAGGCGUCCUGUGUGGGUUGUCCGCUGCGAGGUCGGCCAUUUUGUCGCAGGCGCGUGACGUCAUGAAGACGCGGUCGCUUGCAACAGAAAUAAUUUUCAACCUCGCCCCCCACACCAAAAUAUCCCCCGCCCUUCAGCAGUUCGGUAUCCGAGACACCGACACGGAUAUCCUCGCCAUCACUGUGGAUAUCGUCCCCAAAGAGAAAUUCAAAGAAAUUAAUUUCGAAUCUGGGUUUGAAGUUGAUGAAAAUUUGACUCCGAAUGCCGCCAUCUUGAAAUCCGUACUGCAAGGAGAUGUUGUUGAUAUUGAAUUACUUGAGGGACUCAAAGACCGAGAAAGCAUUACCAAGUUGUACAAAUUAACUGCAGAAGAACUCAGUUUAGAUGAUAUUGAACGCUGUUGUAUUUCCAGAAUGGCUUGUAAAGGCUUCUUAUAGCCGUACAGUUAAAGUUCAGUAAAUGUUAUUCUGUUCAAAUGGCUUUUUUUUUAUCUUGGAUGGCAUUUGCACUUUUGUGUUCGGUGCACAUAGAAGUUUUUGGUGAUGAUUGCUUGAAAUUCCCUUGAUUUGAUGGCUCUUAACAUCGCACAGCUUAGUUCGACGUAGAUGGCAUGUGAGACGCAGACUCACAUGCCUAUAUGAAUAUAUUGCUUAGUCAUUAUAUUCGUUCCCAUCCUUUCUUGCGUCUGUUUAUCUGUUUAUUUUUCGCUUGCUAUUAAUCUCAUUUGUGACGUGCCCUCGAAGUUCGUUUCAACCAGACGUCACGAUAAUUGCUUUGUAGAAUAAUGAUAAUAAUGCCAUCUACAAUCUGGAUGACCUAAGAACCACA